AUGCCGGAUGCCUAUGUUUUUGCUGCGUCAUUGCUUUGUUGCCUGUGGGCCCUUACGGGUUCAGGAGUGCGGGGAGGUGACACAGAAGCCACUAUCCGGAGCCAACCAUCAGGGGCUGAAAACAACAUCUUGCCACUUGCAGUCACUCCACCGAGUGGUCUGCUCCUUCUUCUACAAAUGGACGGUAACAUCACAGCACGAUGGUUGGAUUCGGGAUCCCACAUGUGGACUGUGAAUACUGGUGGAAACAUAAUAUCGGUAGACGUGUUGCGGCACGCGACAAGGGAGGUGAUCCGGCGUGAUCCGUUUGCGCUUCCGUUUAUAAUUGAGGGAGGGAUGCUUUUCACGCGACGGCGCUACCCAGCUAGUGAUGCCGGGAAGCAAUUAACCACUAGAUAUACUAAAGAUGGUACCUUUGAUGAUGGCGACGACUAUGAAGACGAUUAUAUAGAUGACGCGCCGCUCACUCCAUCGCACCCGCAGUUUUUCAUGAAUCUCUCUACGCUUAUUCGCCGUCGGCACGUGAAUGUAGAAAAUACAGAAAUCUAUGUCACAACGUCCGUACAGCUCAUGGACUACGAUAGCCACACUGGGAUUCCGAUUAUGAGACCAACGCCACUAACUUCCUUUUUACACGUGGUACUUUGCAACGUCACCAUUCAUGUGGUGCGGCGCGGCAUGUAUAAGUGGAAGAUGAGUAUAGCACAAUACAAACUUUCGGAGAGUUUUCCACCGCAAGGCCCGGAAAGUGAUGAAGGAGGUGAAAAAGAUCAGAACUUUAUUGCGAACGUUGUAGAGGAGCAGAGUCAAAACAGUGUCCGCCAAGCCAUACUUGCGAUGCAGGCUCGUUUGAGAGAUGCAGCGAUGCCUUUUGACUUUAAACGCAAGACGUUUAACGUCGAUGACCUUGUGAUGCGUGAAGUAGGAAACCAACGGUAUACGCUGUGGAAUACGCUAACUAACGUUGCCGAGUGGCCUGCGGCAGUUGGAACGACAAGUAGCAUUGUGAAUGCCUUCUUCUGGCAUCCCGGUCGCGGUGGUGUUUAUCCUAUCCCCCUUUACCGCUUCCACAGGCCACCAACAGCUGAUGCCUUCACGCACGCAGGUAGAUUACAAAGGAACGGAUUCCCUCUUCUCAGUGAUCGGCCGUGGACGCACCGUACCGUGCGUUUAAAACCGUACGUGGCAACGUGGGAAGACGAUAUAGACGCAGACGAGCGUGAAACGGAGGAACUCCAGCGUUCUUUUCAACAGUGCUCGUGGCUUCAGGAGUGUUCGGCCAACUCUCGCCAAAUGGUGGCCUAUUCUUUCAGGGAGGGUAUGGUGGGGAACGAGUCUAUUCCAAUACUGUCCCUUUCGUACAUACUGUUGAACACUAUGACGCGACGGACGAUGUUCUUUGCAUUCCAAACGGUCUGUAUUCUCGUCUCCGCAACCCUCGUUGGCUUUGGUAUGUUGCUGCGGCCACGUUUAAGGAAUGCGUGGGCGCAGUAUGACUCACUUAUGGAUAACAUGCGUCAGACUUCCAAAACCACGCCGACUGGUUUUGCAGCCGCCGAUCGUUCCGGUCGUUUCGAUACUCCUGCUGGUGGGAGCCCCGCAGCCGUGUUCGUUGAGUCGUCACCAUUUUCGCUAACAAUGACAGCGGCGCCACUUGAUGAUGGGGUUGAACAAAUCGUACGAAUGGGGAAACCACAAGUGACUGACAGCGUGAAUGAAACUUCUGCAGGUCUCGGUGACACGUGGUGGAAAAAUCCAAACGACUACGAUGAUGAUGAUGAGUACGUUGCCGGUGAAUCCUCACUGAGCGUAAGGGGAAGCGUGUCCGCCACGCAACCUGUCACCACACCCAUGCCACAACUCUUUCAGCAGCAUUUUGAUGUUUUGAAAAAGAUCGGCCGAGGCGGUGAAGGGAAUGUCUUUUGUGUAAAGCACCAGGUUACGGGAGCUAUGUACGCCAUCAAAGCCGUUCGUAUUCGUGAGGAAGACAAGCAAAGGUGUGUUCGCGAGGCCAUUCUUCACAGCUCUCUUGACAAUCCGAACGUUGUGCGGUACUUUUACUCAUGGAUUGAGAACAUUGCUCGAAGCAUCGCUGAAGCCCACGGUAUCGUCAAUAAUGACAAUGUGGAGGGUUCGGUGUCGUUCUGUGGAGACGAAAGCUACGGCACCAUAAACGACACGGUGUCAUCGGCAACGGGCGCCCCUCUUAAUGUGCUGUUCAUACAAAUGGAGUACUUUAAGAGUGGCACAUUGGCAGAUCACUUCCGCAACCGUAAUGCCUUCAGCCGACUAGAAAAUGUGGAGCAUCUCCUCCAGAUAGUCAGAGGUCUACGGUACAUUCACCAGCAGGAUGUAAUACACCGUGACCUGAAGCCAACGAAUAUAUUUGUCUCUGACGCUGGCAUAAUGAAGAUUGGUGAUUUUGGACUGGCAAAGCGUUGGCAGACGCCAUUGGGAUGGAAGAGGGCCAGCGUGGAAGAGUUUGGUUCUGCCACAGCGCUCUUCGAUGAUGAACGUUCCUUCGCCGGUGGGACACCGCUUUACUGGAGUCCCGAGCAGCAGUGUGGGGGGAGUGCGACGGCAGCCAGUGAUGUUUUUUCCCUUGGAUUGAUCGCUGUGGAAUUUUAUUGCGAGUUUACGACACAGCAUGAACGACUGCGGACACUCGGUGAUGCACGUCAUGGUGAACUUCCCUCUGCGUUGGAGGACGACUUCCCUGAGGAAGCUGAGGUUUUCCGGCAAAUGCUGGGAGAACAACCAGACGGCCGGCCAUCGGUGGAUGAAGUGGUCCAGAAGCUGAAGCAUAUUGUGGUGGAAAUUCGCAGCGGUGGCAACGGUUCGGCAAAGUUGGGUGACAAUGGAGCUACGGAUGAUGUUGGUGACGUGGAGUUGGCGAUGCCUACAAGUUCUUCAGCGGAUAUGUUGAGCGUUAAUAAAACCCCGGCCGACUCCAUGAAUAUUGUUCCCUUGGGGAAUGUCAGUUCAGUGGAGUCGUCUACGGCUGGGCGUUUGCCGUCAGCCAACUGA